AUGGAGAAAGUAACAUUAGAAGCGUUGGAAUGGAAGCUUGAUAAAAAUAAACGUGACACUGUAAUUCCACAAUCCCAAAGAUUUCAAUCGAGAUCGCAAUUGCAAAUACAUCGUCGAUUCCUAUUUUCUUCUGCUCUCAAACGUAUGUCCAGUGUAUCUACAGUGACUACGCCUCGAGGGAAAAAAACAUUUAUUGCUGUUAAAGGUGCUCCCGAAACUCUUCGUCAGAUGUACCUUUAUGUACCUGAUGAUUAUGAGGAAACCUUCAAGUUUUUCACUCGACGUGGGAGUCGUGUGUUGGCUCUUGGCUAUAAGUAUUUGGAGGAUAACAUGACUAUUGACAAGAUUAAUGGUCUUCUACGUGAAGAUGUCGAAAGCGAACUUAAUUUCGCAGGAUUCCUCGUUUUUCAUUGUCCACUGAAGGACGAUGCUGUUUCCACUCUUCAAAUGCUAAACGAAUCAUCACAUCGAGUUAUAAUGAUUACCGGUGACAAUCCUUUAACUGCUUGUCAUGUGGCUCGUGAGGUGAAAAUUAUCGAAAGAGACGUUUUGAUAUUGGAUAUUCAAGAAGACGCAAAAAGUCCGGAUGAACUUGUUUGGAAGUCGGUUGAUGAGAAAAUCAUGAUACCUGUAAAUCCUAUCGAACCAAUUGAACGAUCUGUAUUCCGCGAUUAUGAUAUUUGCGUAACAGGUGCUGCAUUGUCCCAGUAUGAAAACAAACCAUCCGUUAGAGAGUUGUUGAGAAAUACAUGGGUAUAUGCUCGCGUGUCACCUGGGCAGAAGGAAUUUAUAUUAACUGAACUUAAAAAAGCUGGGUACACAACAUUGAUGGUCGGUGAUGGUACAAAUGAUGUGGGUGCUUUAAAACAGGCUCAUGUAGGUGUUGCCUUGCUUAACGGCACGCCAGAAGAUCUUAAAAAAAUCGCCGAACGUCGACGUAUGAUUACACUUAAGGAUAUGUAUGAGAAUCAACUGAAAUUCACUGCACGAUUCAAUAUGCCACCGCCACCGCCACCACCAGCCAUUGCUCACUUAUUUCCACAUAUUACUCAGCAACAACAACAACAAAAUAAUCCAGCGAGACAUGCACCACGGGUUGAUCAAAUUGCCGAACAAUUACUACAAGACUUUGAUGAUGAACCUCCAAGCAUUAAAUUUGGAGAUGCAUCUGUUGCUUCUCAUUUUACUUCGAAACUUUCAAACGUUUCUGCCAUCGCAAAUAUUAUACGUCAAGGUCGAUGUACACUUGUCGCAACUAUACAGAUGUACAAAAUUUUGGCCCUGAAUUGCUUAAUUUCGGCCUAUAGUCUUAGUGUAUUAUAUUUAGAUGGAAUUAAAUAUGGUGAUGCUCAAGCAACCAUUUCUGGAAUGUUACUUGCCGUUUGUUUUCUUUGUAUUUCUAAGGCUAAGCCCUUGGAGAAACUUAGCAAACGACGACCACAAACCAAUAUCUUUAAUUUCUAUAUAAUCUUUUCCAUAUUGGGCCAAUUUGCAAUUCAUAUUGCUUCAUUAAUUUAUAUAGUCGAUUUAGUAUUUAAACACGAGGAAAAGAAACCUGUUGAUUUAGAAGGCGAAUUCGAACCAAGUUUAUUAAACACGGCAGUAUAUUUGAUAUCGUUGUCUAUGCAAGUUUCAACAUUUGCCAUCAAUUUUCAGGGACAUCCUUUCAGAGAGAGUCUGAGAGAGAACAAAGCACUUUUUUAUGGUUUAGUUUCAGUUGCAGGAAUUGCUUUUGCUGGAGCCUUGGAAAUAGUUCCCGAAAUAAAUAGUCUUUUACAACUG